UGACGUCACCAGGAAACGUUUUCAAAACAACCAGAUGUAGCUUUUACGUUUCAGCGUGCAGACACAGUGCCUUUUAACUGUAGACUAUAGAAAUGUGCGAAAACAAAAACACACAGCACUGGUCUUCAGAGGAAACCAGCGUGCUGCUUGCGAUAUGGUCUUCCACGGAGAUCCAGAAGAAACUGGGGAGCUCCGCAAAGAAGAAAAGAGUUUACGAUGAGAUAAGCCAGGAAAUGCUGAACGGGGGCUUCAGUCGCUCGACCGAGCAAAUCGAAAAUAAGUUAAAGAAGCUCAGAAAGGAGUACAGGGACCUGAAAAGGAAACCGAGUGAGAGUGAUAGUGGGCAGAUUAGUAAAACAUUCGACCACGAAGUUAUGGAGUCUGUGCUGGAGCAUGGACCAAGCAGUCAUCUGACUGGGGCCUUUAAUUCAGCGACAGACACUCUUGAGAAAAACGCGGACUUCGUUGCGUUUUCUGUAACCGAGCUAGGUAGCAAAAUAUCUGAGCCCAAAACAGCACAGCACUGGUCUUCAGAGGAAACCAGCUCGCUGCUUGCGAUAUGGUCUUCCACGGAGAUCCAGGAGAAACUGGGGAACGCAAAAAGAAAGAAAAGAGUGUACGACGAUAUAUGCCAAGAGAUGGUAAACGUUGGGUUUACUCGUACAACCGACCAAAUCAUUAACAAGCUAAAAAAACUUAAACAUAAGAGGGUGUUCAGGGACAAUAAGAAGGAGAAAAGUAAAAGUAGCAGCCAAUGGAGCGAUAAAACCAUUAACUAUGAUGUUAUGGACUCUGCGCUGGAACGCCUACCGUCAAGUCAAUUUACUGAAGCAUUAAAUUCAGCAACAGCAAUGCUUGAAACGAAUACAGAAUCGGCGUCUUCUAUAGCUGAUCUCAACUCUUCACUUGAGGAGGUGCUGGACAAAGCUGAACCGUCCUUCAGCUCCUCUCAUCCCCAGCAAAGAAAGUCUCUAGGAACAAACAGAAUAACGAAGAAAGAUUCAAACCAGGAGCUGCUGGAAUACUUGAAAACCGCUGACGAACGGUUUAUGGCUCACGCCAAAGAACUUAAUACUGCCAUUCUUAAUAAAAUGGACGAAGCUACGAAUUCUAUGCUGGGACUACUGGGACGCAUGGUAGCAAUAAUGGAGGAACAGCAGGGAAACAAGCCAUGAACACUGGAU